GUGCGCGCUGCUGCACACAUCUGUCUUCCAAUUAUGGAUUUUUACCGUCACUGCUUCGCACCGUUGAGUAUUCGGAUCUGCAGCUCUUCAUUAAAGACGUCGGAGUUCCUUAGGCGACACUGACAUACCCAGAAACUGUGACAGCGCGAGCCGGUUCGGUCCUCUACUGUAUAAGGAUUUUGUGUGUGUGUGUGUGUGUGUGUGAGAGGGAGAGAGAGAGAGAGAGAGAGAGAGAACGAUCAACAUCAGCUUGUUCUAUGCCGUCUGGAUGUGGUAACUGCGUGUGCUGACUAUCGGAUCUGAGUCGAUGUUGCGGAUCAUGGACACCGGCUUCCAUGCUUUCUAUUUCCAGCCACACUGCCUUAUACAUGGAUGAGGAAAUAGACACCCGCAAAAUCAACAGCAGCUUCCUCCGCGACCACAGUUAUGCAACAGAAGCUGACAUCAUAUCCACUGUUGAGUUCAACUCCACUGGGGAGCUCCUUGCCACAGGGGACAAAGGAGGUCGAGUGGUGGUGUUCCAGAGAGAGCAGGAGAGUAAAAACCAGCCACACCGACGAGGGGAGUACAACGUUUACAGCACUUUUCAGAGCCAUGAGCCUGAAUUCGACUACCUGAAAAGCUUGGAAAUUGAGGAAAAGAUCAACAAGAUCCGCUGGCUGCCUCAGCAGAAUGCUGCCUACUUCCUCCUCUCCACCAAUGAUAAAACUGUCAAGUUGUGGAAAAUCAGUGAGAGAGACAAGCGACCAGAGGGUUAUAACCUGAAGGAUGAGGAUGGCAGAGUCCGGGACCCCACCACUGUCACAGCUCUGAAGGUACCAGUUUUGAGGCCCAUGGACCUGAUGGUGGAAGCUACACCUCGGCGAGUGUUCUCCAAUGCACAUACCUAUCACAUCAACUCAAUUUCAGUGAACAGUGACAACGAAACAUAUAUGUCAACAGAUGAUCUUCGGAUCAACCUGUGGAACCUGGAAAUCACUAACAGAAGUUUCAACAUUGUAGAUAUAAAACCUACCAACAUGGAAGAACUCACUGAAGUGAUCACAGCAGCAGAGUUUCAUCCCAACCAGUGCAACAUGUUUAUCUAUAGCAGUAGCAAGGGUUCUAUACGAUUGUGUGACAUGAGAGCUGCUGCACUCUGUGACAACCACUGCAAAUUCUUUGAGGAACCAGAGGACCCCAGUAAUCGCUCCUUCUUCUCUGAGAUUAUUUCCUCCAUCUCUGAUGUGAAGUUCAGCCACAGUGGUCGUUAUCUAAUGACCCGCGACUACCUAACUGUUAAAGUAUGGGAUCUUAACAUGGAGAACAAACCUCUGGAGACCUACCAGGUCCAUGACUACCUGAGAAGUAAACUGUGCUCCCUCUAUGAGAAUGACUGUAUCUUUGACAAGUUUGAAUGUGUGUGGAAUGGAACGGACAGUGUCCUGAUGACUGGAGCCUACAAUAACUUCUUCCGCAUGUUCGAUCGUGACACCAAGCGUGAUGUCACACUGGAGGCAUCCAGGGAAAACAGCAAACCUCGAGCCAUCCUUAAGCCACGCAAGGUGUGUGUAGGUGGCAAGCGGCGUAAAGACGAAAUCAGCGUAGACAGCCUAGACUUCAGUAAGAAGAUUCUUCACACAGCCUGGCACCCGUCAGAGAACAUCAUUGCCGUGGCCGCCACCAACAACCUCUAUAUUUUCCAGGACAAGAUCAACUAGCAUGUAGCACUCAAAUCCUCCACCACAAUGACCAUAUCUGAUCCUCAAGGAAAUCUGCAGAUUUGCUGGCUCUGGAUUCAAAGGAAAACGCUUGGUUGAGCUUUUUGUUGUGCAAAUAGUACCCAACAUACUGAAAUACAUGAAUCAUUCCUUUCAGGUUGCCAGACUGCAAAGAUAACUGAUGCCAUCUCCAUUGUUAUUUUUCUCUCCCAUUGUUCUCCUGCACUGUAGUUCAAUAUGGACAGCAAUAAAAUGGACAUUCAAUUCUACUACAAAAUCAGAACUGACUGCUCUCAGCCCCAGGUGUCUGACAAAUUCAUAAGAUGUUGCUUAAUGUUGCCAGGGUGCAGUUACCUCUUUUCUUCAACUUUUCAACAACUCACCCUUUGACUUCAUGGAGACAGAUGUAUAAUUUUGACACAGGACUACGAUUUGGAUAGUGCAUCACCACUUUGGUUUAAGAUGGAAUAAAAAAUAAAUAAAUAAAUAAAAGUAGCAAUUCACUGAUUUUGUUCUAAUUUUCUAAAUAAACUCUGAAAAGGAUAAAAAUCAAGAGGAACCCAAUUUUCUUUUCUGAGG